AAAUAAAUAAAUAUUUUUCUCUACUUUUUUGUUACAGGAAAUGGUAUAAAAAUAUAGUUUAAAUAAUUUCUUUGAGAGUCAUCCAGUUUUCAGAGGUGGCUGUGGUUGCUACAGGUGCUCUAUACCUCUGAAACUCAGGCUACUUAUUUAGGUGCCUAAAUGUGGAUUUAGUUGCCCAACAUUAGGCAUCCCAAGUUUUCAAGGAUUUGCCUAAAUGGAUUACCAAACUUGUGUUAAAUAAUCUUAAUUAACACACAUUCUUCUCUGCAAAAGCCCAGGAGAACUGUUGGAACUUGCAGCUUGUCCUGAAUGUCACCAAAUCCAAGCUCUGAUUAACCAAGGAGGGAAAUAAAUUCCAGAGCAAAGGACCCCCCCACCCGCCGUUCUAUUUUUACCAGGCAGUUAACUAGAGAACCUCAGAUUAUCUCAAUUGCCAUAGUAAUAGAUGAAGCAAUCUUUCAAAUAACUGGGAUCCAUACCAUUUAUGUCUUUAAAGAGCAAAUCCAGUGCCUUAAUAGUCUUUGCUUUAUUAUUAUCAUUUUUGUUGUUGUUUGUACUACUGUCGUGCGUAGGAGCUCUAUUCACGGACCAGGACCCAAUUGUGCUAGGUGCUGUAGAAACACAGAACAGAAAGAUGGUCCCUGCCCCAAAAAGCUUACAAUCUAACUAUGACAAGAGACAACAGAUGGAUACAGACAGACUGAGAAGUACAAGGAAACAAUAGAUCUCCAAUCCAUUCUGAUGGGAUAUAUUCUGACAAUCUGCUUCAUCUGACUCGUCAUCAUUCCAGGAUAGUGGUCUCCUUGGGGCUCUCUCCUAACAUUGAUAUGGUACAGAAGAUUUAAAAUCAGCUGAUGUUCACAAGGAAUAGAGUCACGUGAUGUAUGAAGGCAAACACAUACACUUCUCUGAGGUUGACAAUAAGCCCUUGUGCUCGUAUAGCCCCAAACUGUGCAAGCAGAGGCGACUUAACGGCUACGCCUUCUGUAUCAGACACGUUCUGGAGGACAAGACUGCCCCCUUCAAGCAAUGUGAAUAUGUGGCCAAGUAUAACAGCCAGCGCUGCACCAACCCUAUCCCCAAAUCUGAGGACCGUAGGUACUGCAACAGCCACCUACAGGUACUUGGCUUUAUACCUAAAAAGGAGAGGAAGAAAAAGAAUGAUCCAAUAGAGGAAGUGAAGGUCAGGCACCAGAUGGAUGCUAUGGCCUUCAGUCUGACAGUGCCCACACUGGCCUUGAAGAUGUCCAAUGGACUGGAUGGGAUGUCCCUGUCUCCACCAGGGGCUAGGCUUCCUCUCCACUACCUGGAAGCAGAGUUAGAUGAUCCCUUUGCUUUCAAUGAAGAGGAUGAUGACUUAAAGAAAGGGGCAACGGUGAGGAAAAAGUUGCAGAGCAAGUUGGCCCAAAACCGGCAGCGCCAGAGAGAAACAGAGAUUUUAAAAGUUCACCAAGAGCACUUUAGCCCCCUUCCUGCACGUUUGCAGCAGCAGCCACUGCAGCAGCAGCACUCCCAUCUGCCACCUUUAUCAGCUUCUUUAAAGCCUUUAGGGCUACCGCAGGGCUUCAUCUGCAAGUCACCUCAACCUCAGAACACCAGCCUACCAAUGCAGGGAGUGGCACCCACCACACACACUAUAGCACAAGCAAGGCAGAUGUCUAACAAGAGACCCCUGCCUCUCCUGCCACCCACCAGGGCUCCUGUUGUGGACCCACCAAGGACUGAUCGGGUCCUCAUGAAAGCCACAGCCUUCUCUCCACACUCAUCCUGCAUGAGCCGGCUACAGAGACUGGUGAAACUGUGCACUCGAAAACAGCAACUGGAAACUGAUCUGUUUCCACAUUUAGGGCUGGACUGGUCUGAAGAUAGUGGAGAAGAGUUGGAGGAUUCAGAGCAAACUUCCCCAUACCAGGUUGCAUGGUCUAUCCGGGAAACUCUCAGAUAUGAAAAACAUGAGUCAGAUGACGAUGAUGCAGAUAGCAGGAGUUCCAGGAUGACCCAACUUUGCACUUACUUUCAGCAGAAAUAUAAGCACCUCUGCCGCCUGGAGCGGGCAGAAUCUCGUCAGAAGAAAUGCCGGCAUACGCUCCGGAAAGCUUUGCUGCAUGCGGCCAGCAGAGAGCCGGAAUGUGCUGGGCAACUGAUACAGGAACUCCGAAGAGCUACGUGCACUUGGACCAGCACAAGCCAAGCCAAGCAGAGAGAUACAGAACCAACUACAUGUAGUGGAACUGUGAAGGGUGAACAGUGCACUAACAAGUCCCUUCCAUUCACCAGGCAUUGUUUUCAACAUAUCCUAUUGAACCGUUCUCAGCAGCUCUUCUCAAGUUGCACAGCCAAGUUUGCAGAUGGACAGCAGUGCUCUGUGCCAGUUUUUGACAUUACACACCAGACACCUCUGUGUGAAGAACAUGCCAAAAAAAUGGAUAAUUUCUUGAGAGGAGAUAGCUCCCGUAAAGUUCAGCACCAGCCGCAGAGGAAACCCAGGAAAAAAACAAAGCCACCUGCACUUACCAAAAAACACAAGAAGAAGAGAAGGAGGGGACCACGUAGGCCCCAGAAACCUAUUCCUCCUGCAGUGCCCCAAGGGAACCUCAGCAUGCCCACCAGCAUCUCACUGCCAGUGGAGAUCUCCCACAUACGGAGCCCCUCCACACCGGAGUUGAGUACAGAUGAGCUGCCCGAUGACAUCGCCAAUGAAAUCACAGACAUUCCACAUGACUUGGAAUUGAAUCAGGAGGACUUUUCUGAUGUCCUACCACGGCUGCCUGAUGACUUGCAAGAUUUUGAUUUCUUUGAAGGUAAAAAUGGAGACCUCCUUCCUACUACCGAAGAGGCAGAGGAACUGGAACGGGCUCUGCAGGCUGUAACUUCUCUUGAGUGCCUGAGUACCAUUGGAGUACUUACACAGACAGACGGUGUGCCAGUUCAGGAGCUAUCAGAUAGAGGGAUAGGGGUGUUCACCACAGGUGCUGGAGCUCCAGGAAUGCAGUCCUUGAGCAGAGAGGUUAACACGGACCUGGGGGAGCUGUUGAAUGGGCGUAUAGUACAUGAUAAUUUCUCCAGUUUGGAGCUGGAUGAGAACUUGCUCCGUUCUGCUACCUUGUCUAACCCACCUACGCCCCUGGCAGGGCAGAUCCAGGGGCAAUUCUCUGCCCCAGCCAACGUUGGCCUUACUUCUGCCACUCUGAUAAGCCAGAGUGGACUUGGGGAGAGAGCCUUCCCAGGACAGUUUCAUGGACUUCAUGAUGGCAGCCAUGCCUCCCAGAGGCCACACUCUGCCCAGCUGCUGAGCAAGGCAGAUGAGCUAAUCACCUCACGACAGCAAUACAGCAGUGACCAUUCGCACUCCUCACCCCAUGGAAGCCAUUACGAUAGUGAGCAUGUGCCGUCUCCCUACAGCGACCAUAUCACAUCCCCCCAUGCCACAUCCUAUUCUGGUGAUAACUUGGCAGCUACCUUCUCAGCAGAGAUGCCCAUUAUGGCACAGCACUUGCUCCCACCGCAGCUGGAGGUGCCACUUAGUGGGGUGGCGAACCCCAGAACUCACUGGGGAAAUCUCCCUGUCAAUCUUGGUGACCCCUCUCCGUUUAGCAACCUUCUUGGUGCCGAUGGACACCUUCUUUCCACCUCCCUGUCCACACCACCUACCACCUCGCACUCAGAGACCACACAGCCUGCCUUCGCCACUGUGACCCCCAACAGCUCCAGUGUGCUUCCGGGGUUACCACGGACCAGUUUUAGUGGCAUGGGUCCUGCCUCUGCUGAACUAAUGGCCUCCACUUCCCCCAAACAGCAACUCCCUCAGUUCAGCGCAGCCUUUGGCCAUCAGCUGAGCUCACACAGUGGCAUUCCUAAGGACCUGCAGCCUAGCCACAGCUCCAUAGCUCCUCCCACAGGCUUCACAGUGACAGGUGCCACAGCUACUAGUACCAAUAAUGCAUCUGCUACCUUCACCACCUCUAACUGAGCUGAUCUGUCUGUAUAUUUGCAGGCAGAUGGGGACCCUGUGUUUUCUAUCUUCUUUUUCCUCUUUAUUGUCCUCCCCUUCCUUUGAGGAGGAUUUUUUGUUUUUGCUUUUUUAAAAAGAGGGGAUUAAAAAUAAACCUCCUGCUUCCGUACAGACCAGGGUGGUCCCUUAGUGAAUCUCGCUCUAGUGUUCACAUGUGCUAUUUAUGCACUGGUGCUCAUUUAUUACUGGCAGGUUCACCAUACCCCAUGAAUUUCCUUAAGGAUACAGCACAGUUACUGGAUGUAAUUGACCUUAGCAGUAAGAGCUAGAAAUGGGACGAUACCUCAAAUUACCAAUGCACGUUACUGUUUCCUAGGGUUCAGAUCAGUGCUUUCCAUCCCAUUAGCAUGUCAUGUAGGAAGUUUUUAUAGUGGGGAAAAAUCUCUUGGUUUUAAAAAAAAAAAUUAAAAAGUUAGCAUCUGGGCAUGGAAAGUUGGCUCCACACUCGGGUUUGGUAAUGGUGCACUGAAGCACUCAAGACCAUGGUUCAAUUAUUCAUCUGACAACUCCUUAAAAAUAGUCUUUUGACCUCCUCUGUGGCCGUGUGUGUGUUUGGGGGAGCAGCAGUUCCUUGUCUGCUGCUGAGACAAUAGUAGUUGUGUCCCCUUCCGAAAUUGGUCAGUGUUCCUACUGAAUGUUGAUUUAUUUUCUUUAUUUUAGGUUCAUUGAGCAGAGAGGGGAUUGACUGACUAGGACAAAUAGGUUUUACCUGUUUGCCAGGGCAAUGAGGGUUCUUGCUGUUUCAAAGGUUAGCCCAGGGAGAAAAGACAAGAAAAUGGAAAGACUGGAAUAAAUAAUGGUCUAGUCAAGACUCAUGCAGAGAUUCCCAACAGUGCUGAAUUACUGUGGCAUUGUAGUGUUGAUGGUUUGCCUUUUCAAAUGUGGCUUUGUCCAGAACUCUGCACAGCAGGUGUUUCCUAGCUGAAACUGGAAGAAUUGUAUUGGUAUGUAUCCAUAUGCUACCCAUUCGAACAAAUCUACGUUAGGCCCCUUUGGUAAAUUUAAAAUAACGGAAUUUCUCAAACUAUCUGCUGCUGCUGAGACUCUUUCUAUAAUAGUAGUGAUUUUGUACCAGGAACCAUACCGUUUUUGAGACACUUGUGAGACUGAUGCUCUGUAUAUGAAGCUGAAUGUAUGUGGGAACCGGCGGGUACAUAUUUGUGGUUACCACUAACCAAAACCAAACUUACUGAAGCAAAAUAGAGAAAUUCUAAAGGGUGGGGGAGAAUGUGCUUGAGAAAACUGUGACUUUAUAAGGCUCUAACUAGCCACUAUGUGAAAGUAAUUCCUACCUGAUGGCUAUAAAAAGUCUCCACUGUUUGGUUUGCUUCUAAGAUGCAUAUAAAAGAAGAUGAAAAAGCAAAGCAAAUCUUUCUGCAUGUUGAAAGCAGUUUCAUUAUAAGAGGGUUAAUAAUUUCUUUGAGCAAGGGAUUAUUCAACUGAGUUCAGUUAUUCCCUAAUAUGUGGAGAGUAAUGUAUCUUCCCUCAAUUUAUGUUUUCUAUUUAUGUGAGUGAUGAUGUGGCCCAAACCUCUGCUCCCAGAUUUCCUGAUGGUAGGGAUUUGAGAUCUGGAUCCAAACUUCCCGGGUGCAGCCCAUCUUGGGUUUAUAUCCCACUAGUUAUAGCCAUUCCCUCCUUUUCAAAAGCUUUGUCCUUUUUUUAAUUAUAAAGGAAUGAGCCCUAUGGGUACAUCCCUUGCUGAAAUUGCAAGCAUGUGUGCAUGGAGUGGGAAACAUUUAUAUUCAGGUUUUUGAUAUUGAGAAAUCCUUAUUCCCAUUCUUCGUAAAACAGGGCUUAAUAUUAUAAUAAAUCCCAGUGUUCUUGGGUGGUCUAAGUUUGUCUGUAACUGAUUUUAAAUGUUUUCAAAUCAUGUCAUAAAUUGAAAUGAAACUUAACAAAACCCCACUAUAUUGUCCCGUUGAUUGAGGAAUGUCCACUGAUAAUUGUGAAAUGAGGAAAAGCUGAUAGGACAUGUGUGUUUUGUUUUUUUUUUAUUCUGUCCUCUCCCCUCCCCCCAAGCUUGUGAGGAGACAAAUGUUUGAUUUGCAUUAUUUUCCAUCGUGUUAAUGUACCUUCUUUAGUGUAUUGAGAUGAUUGAUUGAAAAAGAAGGGUGAACCUAGUUUGCCAAAUGGGUAAAUGAUCAAUUGUUAAAUCUGCCAUUAUUAAAUGUCGUGUGACAGGAUGUUCUACUGAUUAGUUUGAGGAUUUUGAUUUAUGGAAUAUUUCUCGUGCUCAUCAAAGUUUGUAAUAGAACAGCAGCCUGUUCUCUUCUUCCCACCCGUUCAUCACUUCCCCUUACCUACCAGUAGAGAAAACACUUGGGCCCAAUUUCUGUUCAGUUACAUCUGUGUAAAUCAUGGAGUAAUUCUUUUAGCCAGAUGAGUUACUAUGGAUUUACCCCAAUUUAACUCUGAAUAGAAUCUGGCUCUUAAUCUGAUCAUUUAUUUAGGCUGGGAUUUUCCAAGAUGCCUAAGAGCAUGUAGGUGCAUAAUUCUCAUUUGAAAUCAGAUUCCCAGACUCCGGAAGUCUCACCCUUUAGAUCUCAGCUUUAUGGAUCUGUGGGGGGAUUUUUCCUAAACAUUGUCUGCAUAACAUUUUUCAUGAGCAGAUUGAGUUUGCAAAAAAGCUGUACUACUUCAAAAAGUUUGUUCCAUUUGACAUGUGUUAGAAAAGGAAUCCCUAUCUAUUUUCCAGUACGGAGCUUUGAAAUGGUCAAGAUUGUUGCCAGUUGCAGCUUCACCGCAUCUAAUUGAAGUGUAACUUCAUUAAAUUAGUUAUAUCCUAGUAAGGAAGCAGUUCUGAUUUUUAGGUCCUAAAUCUGCAAUGGGCACCACGCAGAUGGAUCCCUAUACCCAUACAAAGCCCACUGACUUCACCAGGAGUCUGCCCGCAUAGCGUUCAGUGCAGGAUCAGCACCGCAGUGUUGUGGGAUGAGUAGUGGACCCAAGAGCACAGGUUUAUGCAGCCAGACACUUCACUUCUCUCCCACCAGGAAAUACGUUUGCUCCAUGUGGGAUUUGUCUUGGUUCUUAGGGCUGCCAUUGAUAUGAUUCUCAUUCAUGCUGUCUUGAACAGGUUUCAUCUCCUAUAAUACAGCAAUUAGCAGUAAUUACUCUUUCACCAAAGAAUCAGUGUAGCAAUUCCAAUCCAUUUGUUGAAAUGAUCAGUAUCUGUUGUGCCACUAAUACAUGAAAUGAAUAGAAUAGACCUAGUUUAGUAACUAAAAAUUGUUCUUUUUAUAAAUGUGGGGUUUUAAAGAAUUAGAAGGCAUUUGACAGAGAAGUUUAGAAGCAAUAAUGUCCUUUUGGGUAGUAAUGUAAUGUCAGGUGAUCUUAGCAUAGAGGCAAAGAAUUGGUGGAGAUUACACUCUUGACAAAGAUUAAGUUUGCUUGGACAAUUUAUGGAGGCCAAUGAGGGACAGCAUGAUGCUGACCUGGUUUAUAAAGCAGUUACGCUUAAUAUAUAUAUUCCAUACUGUGAGAAUUUCCCUUGAUCAUUCAGUUUAUUAGUCAAAUUUAGAACUGGCAUAAGUAGACUCAGCUCCCAUUGUCUGUUAAUGGGAAAGAGGGGGUGAAAUUAAAGUCUGGUCCAUUGGCUCUACUUGCUAUCUUAUGAGAAGCACCUUUCUUUUGGUCAAGACAUUGGUUUGUUUUCUUGCCUCUGUUGAUUGCCUUAUGUAUUUGCACAUCUUAACAAUGAACAUUUGUUCAAAAAUAGCUUACUGCAGUUCUGCUUAACCUACUGAGUACCAGACUAUGCAAUAGAAGGACUUUCCAGUUUCAUGUCAUAGGUUAAUGAAACAAAGGACUGUUUUCUUAAGCAAUUUAAGGUUCUCAUUUGGUAAGCAUUUCUACGUUCCCUCCUUGAAAAGCUUGUAAUCUGCCAGCAAACAUUGGAGAUGAGAGUGCAAGUGCAAGAGAAAUAUUUUUGCUGUCAAGAAUGUGUGUGUUCUUCAGUGGGAGAGGGCACUGGAAGCUAACUUUUAAAAAAUAGUAUCUUCAUUGAAAGCUAUAUUACUAACUUCAUGAAUUGCUUUCUUUGGAGAUCAUGAUCCUAAUGUUUAGACAUUGAGAGGUCAGAUUCUCAGCUGGUGUAAAUAAACAUGGCUGUAUCGGCUUCAUUGAAGCUGUGCUAAUUUACCAGAGCUAAGGCUCUGGCUGCGAGAGUCUAACCAGGAACACAGAAAAGAAUUGAGUUUGUUAAAGCUUUCUCUGACCACUGAAUUACCCGGCUGGAAAACUAAGUUCACCAAGGAAGAGGAAAAUUAGUCCUUUGAGAGUAUGCCUUCACUUCAAAAUUAGCCCAGGCAUCCUAGUCUGGGCACCUGUGCUAGUGUAGACUGGGUGUGAGCAGCUACGCUCACUCCCCUGCAUGUGUCGCUAGAAUGUCUGGGGGCAUAGCAGGUGAUGCUGUAGUAAGCUGAGCUGCUCUGAUUCUUUCCUAGGGAAUAGUGGGAGAGCUUGUCUGUCGUGUGAGCACACAGCAGGUGGGGUAAGGGGAACAUGGGAGGGUUCUGGAGAACUGACAGGCUCUAACCCACAUCCCCAGCUGUGCAUGAAGGUUUUUGUGUGUGCCCAGGAUGGGAGUUGGGACAACGCCUGAAUAAGAAGACUGGCUAACUUUGUAGUGGAGACAUACACUCACGCAUCUCAGUGUAUCUUUAGCCUAAUUUUUCUCUUCUGCUUUUAUCAAAGGGCUGGUUUCUCUUCUUGCCAGCGAAGAAGCCUUUAACACAGCCCCAAGGCAAACUGAAGUAGCCCAGAUCAGAUGUGGAUCCAGAAUUCCAAGCCCCAUCUUGGUGGCAGCAUAUUUAACUGAAAGAAUAGAUUCAAGCUGCUGUGCCCUCAGAACCUUCUCAGGCCCUUUAACUUAGGCUGAGAGCAGAUGAAUGUUCUGGGCUGCGCCUCUUGCCUCCUUAAAUUUCAUCCCCUCUUUCCCACUCUCUUCACCAUCUUUUUUCACUCUUCCCCGACACUAAAAUUGCCAAUAAUUUAAAAUCCUGUAUGAUUUGAUAAUGAGCAAAUAUUCUGAUUGUUUAAAAAAAAGAUUAAGAGAGGUUCCUGAGAAUCAUAAUAGAAGUUUAGAAGCCAGAGCUACAGUGCAAUAGGAUAUUGUGUAAGAAUUCACAGAAUAUGGAGUAAAAUGAAAAUACCAUGUGAUCUCACAUGGCAUUACCAGUAAGGUGUGAGCUAGCUGCUGAGAAUAUCACUGUGGUCGUCCCUGAGAGAGAGCUCUGUAUGCUCAGGAGCAUUACAGGGAAUCUUUUUCUUUCCAUAAGUUCCUUUUGUUUUAAAGGUAGUUGCCAGUAGAAAAUUACCUGGAAAAACUGGUGGAAUUAGCCUGAUUUUAAAAAAACAAAGUUGAUAAAAUACCCUCAAGAAGAACCCCACUAAAGUAUGAUGAUUAUGAUAAUGGGAAAACAAAAUUCAGAUUCAUUAGGAUUUAACCCAGGUCUUUCAGAAUUGGUUCAUGAAGGACUUUAGCUCUAUCAAAAGGUAAAAAACACUUGUCAAAUAUAAUAUUUGUGUGAACUAACAGAGGUUGGGGUAAAAAAAGCUACCCAUUGACAGAAGAAAGCAAACUGCAACCACAUAUCAAAAGGCAAUUCUGUGAUCACUGGUGGCUGGGUCUAUAUUGGGAAAAUGACUGGAGUCUCAGGAGUGUAUCCUAAGCAAGUCUAUAAAAUCUGUAACUCUGUUGGCUGUGUCAUGAUUCAGUUAUCUCUCUUGUUCUCUCUCCCCCCUGCCCCCCCCCACACCUUUUUGCGGUUUUUCAUGCUCUAGUUUUCCAAUUCUCAUGGAACAAGGAUAUGUAGUGGAAGCAUGAAAGAAGGAAACAGACUUUGAAUUGAAGUUUGGAGGUGCCAUUUGGAAGUUGUUUUUUUUUCUAGGUAUCCUGAAGUCUUGAGUUGGCACAAAUUUUUUUUUUUUGGUAUUUCCUAGUUCAUUCAAUUCAAUUUGAAAACAAAUAGGAUUAAAACCAGGCUUUUGAUUUUUAAAACUGUAUAUACUCAGUGUAGAAAAGUGCAUUCUUCAUUUCCCCCUCCCCCCCAUGAUCCCCAAAACACACACACGACCACACACACACAGAUUGUAUGUGUAUGAAUUGGAUACAGAUGUUGAACUUGGUCUAGUAAAGCUAACAUGUUUCCCACCUUCAGUCCCCACUGAAGUAAACUCUGGGUAGGUAAUGCUCCCAAAUCUCUCCUGGAAAACUUUAUCUGUGAUGCAGAUGGCUCUAAUGCAGCUGACUGCUACACCAUUGCUUAUACUUCAGAGUAGACUGAUUUACCCUGAAAUGACUCUCUAACCUACGUCUUAAAAAGUACAAUUUGGUUCCAGUGGAAAUAGAUCCAUUCUGAAGUGAUGGACAGUUUGGUUCUCAUACAAAGUAUCUACAUCUAUUUAGAAGGGGUUGAACCAGUUUCUCUGAACAGUGAUUAUUUUCACUGUACAGUUUUGGGUAUGUCUCAGGGAUUCCUUGUGGAAAUAAGGGCAGUUAACAUAAAAAGUAAAUAGUUUUAAAAGUAAAUAAUAAUUUAAGGUAGAGCUUCAUCUAAAUGAGAGCGCAAGAAAGAGAAAUCUUGUUCAGUUUUGUAGUCCACGGUGUCCGGCUUAGGGACUUCUUCUCUUCUCGGGGUGCUCAUCUCAAAUUCAACAUACAGAAUCUUUUUCCAUCACGCUCAGCUUUAAACUUUUAUUUAAAGAUACCCUUCCCCAAUGAGCUUUCAGAAUACUUAUUGUAGAUUUUAAGAGAAAAGGUAUAUUAAUUUAUGCUAUUAACAUCACCUCAUAAAUUAUAAGUUUUAUACUAAAGCUGUAUUGAGUGUAAUGAAUUAUGUUGCAUAUGUGUUUUUAAUAGCUAUAAAAUUAUAUACAAGCUUUUUUGGAAAAACAAAAACUAGUAAAGCACCUUUUUACACUGGAUCUUUGCCGUGUCAAGGUGUACAGCUAUUCUUUGCUACCUUGCAGAUAUAUACAAAUAAAAUGGUAUCCUGUAUCAACAAAACAUAGAUCUCUUGUUAACCCAUAUAGUACUGCUCCUAUAACUCUUUUUUUUUGUUUUGUUUUGUUUUUUUGUUUUUGUUACAUUCUGCAGUAAUUUAUCUGUGGUUUGUAAUGGUUAGAUGUUUAGUUACAGGGUAAGUAGAUCAAAUUAAAAAUCCAACUACUGUAGCUGGAAGUUGUGAACCAAGUUUGUAAGAUUUUUUUUUUUUUUUUCUUAAAUGUAUUUGUUUCCAAUUAUGCGAGUUGGAAUUUGACAAGACAGAACAUUAAAUCUCGGAAUCCACAGUG